AACAUCGAAUCAUUACUCUAACAACACGAUUUAAGAUUAAAAUGGGCUGUACGGAGGUUGUGGUUAAAUACAUUUUCUUUUUGAUAAAUUUUUGUAUCAUUGUUGCAGGUGUUAUUAUUAUAAUUUUAGGAACUAUUUUUAUAAGUCUCUCAAAGAGCAUAGGGGAUUUUUUGGAUAUUGACGAUAUAUUACAUGACUGGAUAUUAAUAACUGCCAUAGGAUGUAUUAUAUUUUCAAUAGCAUUCCUUGGAUUUUCCGGGUCAACAGGAGAGCAACCAUUUCUUCUCAGAACGUACGGGGUUAUGUUACUAUUAAUAACUGCUGUCAAAAUAUAUAUAGUCGUCGGAAUAUAUAGAGACAUGUUUGAUACGGAGAGCGUGCUUGAGAAUAGACUUUACGAUGCAUUCGAAGAUCCGUACCAAAGGAAAGGUUUCUUUAUUGUGGAAGUUUUCUUUCAAUGUUGCGGCCCCAACGGUGCCGCAUCCUACAAAGCGGCCCAACUCCCGAUCCCGCCCAACUGCUGCCCACUCAUCGAGUUUCCUCCUAUCAGGAAUAUGGACGAUAUUCACAUCGUUAGUAAAAUGAUCGCCAACUACAACGGUACUCAGUGCACCAGUGCCGAAGCUUUCGAAGGAUGUAAAACAGCGGCUCUGGACACGAUGUUCAUAUAUUACCUGGUCACCAUAUGCAUGGCAUUUUCCGUAAUGAUGUUGGAGCUGGUUGCCAUGUUCUCCGCCUUCUACCUUGCUAAACACUACAAAAAUUCCAAGAAGGAGUCAACAAGUGGAUCUACCACAUGUCUUCAACCUUGGUUUUGAUUAAUAACCUGAUAGUGAAUUUUGGAAUAAUAAAAGAGUUCAAUUUCUAAUCAGCACCUCUACUCUGUAAACGUGUACCUUCGCCUUGCAUACCACCAUAGUUCUCAAAUAGUGACAAAUAGUGCCUAGAAGAAAAAAACAAGUGCUUCUAUACUUAAAAAGUCAGAGACAGUUUGGUGAGUAUGCUGGGUGUAGGCUGCUAUUUUAUAACCAUUGUUUGGGAAAUCUAUGUAGAGUCUGUGCGAUAAGAGAAUGGGAUUUAGAUUGGAGGGCGCUGUAGUGCUUUUCUACAGUAUUUGUAAGGUUUUACCCCUUUUAGACAUGAUUAAAUACAAAAAACCGCAAGAAAUCACAACAACAAACAAAUCCGUAUCAAUACAAAACUUUGACGUUUUACAGAUUGCUGGGUUUGAUUGCCAAAUAAAAAUCUUAAUGUUAGUUCCGUUUUUCGCCACGCCCAUUCUCUUUCCGCACAGACUCUACGCCAUAACGAAUAGAAUAUUUAUUAUAGAAUAUCUCACAGAGGGCAAUUAAUGAUUGACUUUUGCCCUAUAAAUUCAUUUAAUUUGAUGGCAAACAUCUACAUUCAAAAGUAAAAUGUAAUCUACUUAUUUCUAGAAAGCUAUGUAAUGAUAUUACAAGAAUAUCUUUUUAUUCGGAAAACAUUACCGUUCUUGAAUUCAAUGAAUACUUAAUGGUGAAUUUAUGGCUUAAGGAAACAUCGUAAUCGAAACAUAGAAAUUCCGCAAGAGCGAGAUUUUGACCCGCUUUUCUCAUAAAUUAGAGCAAAAAGUGGUAACCCUUUAUCAACUGCGCAGCGGAGAGAGAUGGAAAAGCAAAUUCACUAAUUUUCUGGGGCCUCUUUUGCGGAAUAAAGAUAUAUUAGCGGUCCGAAACCAAGAUAAAGGAAUAAAUUGUGGACGCGAUAAAUUAUCUGGCUAUUGUUUUAAUUGCUCAUUUGAAAAACAAUCAGCAGAGGUUUGUAAGAUAGAACUGAAACACUGGUAAAAUUUUACUUUAUAAUUAAUGUGAUCACAAAGCAUUCUUGUGGCUACCCUCAAAGAAUACGUCCUGUUCUGUCUGUACAGUAGCUUCUUAUAAAUAAAGUCAGUCCGUCUGAUGAUUUCCUUUGGUUUUCAUCAUGUCAGCUAAGAUUUUUCCGUCUUAUCUUGGCCCUCGAUUCCUCUCAGUAUCUAUAAGUUUCAACAUGCUCAUGCAACCUUUGCAUCUGAUUAAUCUUUUGAAAAACUCAAUUUAUUGUAUUUGACAACAAAACAAUAUUACCAAUUAUAUUGUAUGUGUAUUCUUUUGCUAAUAUUAAAAACGCAAUGAUAAUACCAAAAGCGAAAAAAAGAUAGAAAACGUACAAGUGCUCUUGCUUUAACUAAAGCUUUUUAACCGACAACCCUAAUCAGGAAGACACGUAAGCUCAUAAAUGAAGAAAAAAUAUCUCACAAAGUGAAGUGGUCGUAUUACAUGCAUCAAAGAGCCGAAAACUCGCUUUGACUAACCAACAGUCACGAGUGUUAUUUUAAUUAUCAACAUUAUUUACCUUAAUUAGGAUUUUAGCGAGAGCCCUUAUGUCCGCAGGAGGCGGCAAAUUGGCAGCAAACUUUGAAUGCAACGUUACAAGGGUUACCAUGAUACUUUGCUUUCUGUGGAACAUUAAUUUGUGAUGAAAAAGAAUUACAAGGAAUAUUUUGUUGAGCGGCCGCGCUGAUAACUGUAUUUCAUAGAGCAACACAGCCGACGCAGCCAGCAGGGGAGUAGGCAUUCACAGCUUUUCCCUCUGUUGAUUUUCCUCCUCUGUUGGGCCAGCUCACGUAACAAAACUAGUUGCGCUCGGAUAUUUCACUAGACUGAGUCAAGUCGCUCGAGUGUAUGUUAGAGUUCAAAAAUUCCAUAAUGUUCUGUAAUUUGCUGUAAAACAUAUUUGGAACAUCAAACUAACAAAAGGAUUGUGUUUAAUUUCAACAGUCAAGAUGACUGUAGUAAUUUAAUUUGAAAAAUCUUUUUUUAGUCUAUGCUUUUUAUACACUAAAAACGCUGUCCACCAUGAUUGUGACGACACAAAAUUCGUAAACAACUCAACGUCAUUGUCGUGUGACUGUGGUGCCUUUUCUUGGACUAAAAUAUAUCUAAAAACUCUUAUAUCUUGUAUAAAAGUUUCCGUUUGUUGGUUUUGUUGACUUAAUUAAUGCUGGACGCCGGAUUUGUGAAAGCAGAAACGACAAAACUCUUUGACUUAGUAGGUACAUUCAUAACUUUAAUAUUGUUUAAUAUUAUUAAACUUUAAAUAUUAUUCAAUGAGUUCUUUGCUAAAAGAAAUGACUUUCAAUCGAUUAAAUUACAGGAUUUAGCAACUUUUAAACAUGUGUUCAUGUGUGGUAUGUGAAUUUCUCUAGACAAUUUAAACCACAACUUUUCUGGGGUCUUUAACGAUGUGUUUCUACAUUCUCGUAUAAUACAAUCAUGAUAUUCACUAUAUUUAUCAUGAAAUCAUGGUUUUAUAAUAUAAAUUCAGAUUCAGGUUAUUUCCAACGUGCUUCCGAAUGUUUGUUUACAAUUUUGUUGACGACAUAGCAUAAAUAAUCUAUAGACUAAAAUGGCCGACAGCGUUUUUGUAUGUACGUGAAAAAUCUAUUUUAAGAUUAAAGUUUUGUAGCUUUCUAGGUCGAAAAAAAAUACAAUACAUUUUUUUCGGUCUAAUAGAACAAUUAAUAACCAUUUAAAACAUAUUUCCAAAAAGUGUCAACUAGCCUACUGGAGUCAAGCCCUUUUGUCUUAAGGAACGUGUCAAAAUGUGAGUCGUGACUUAUUUGUACACAAAAGUUUAAAUAUUUGUGCAGGAUUUGGCUGUGUAUUGUGUCUUUCUUAAUGUGUGAGUAUCGUAAUUACAAUUUUGUUUUUUGCGUAUGUAUGUUGGACUGUAUUUGUGUGGAUAUUCCUCUCCCUGCAAAAAGGGGCAGAAUGAUUUUAGUAAUAUUAUGUCACUAUGGCUACUCCCCUCCUGGCCCCGUCGCGUCGGCCGUGUUGCUCUGUUUUAGGAAUUGUAGUAAAAUAAUAGUUCGUGCAUUGCUGGUUCUGAAACUUUAAAGGUUUCUUACUAUCAUAGCUAAAUAGGCUAGUUGACCCUUUUUAGAAAAAAGUUUUAAAUAGUUAAAAAAAAC